UGACCGAGUCAAGAGAUUGUUGAACUUACAUGUCCCUCUUACUCUCCUCUUCAAGACAACGCUACUUCCCGCUCGUGAUUCUGCACUGAAUUCCUGCAUUUCAAGGACUAGUGGCGCGGAAUGCAUUGCUGGCCAAAUUUGUUUCUCGAUUUCCACAUUCAAGAUCAAUCCGUAUUAUGCUCGGAAGGCUCUUUCAAGUUAUCGGAAUUCCAUGGCCAGAUCUCAACGACGGCUUGUUCUACAACGAUGUCGUUAAGCCCUCCGACUCCGGAAAGUCUUCGAUCGAGCUUUAUUUUUUGCAAAUAUAAGAUAUCGGCUCCACUGGAGGGCUGGUUGCAGCGAAUUCGGAACGAACAGGAUUUGUUCAGAAGUAGUCUAUCGUCGGCUGCCAUGGAAAGAAUCAGAUACUCCAUAUUUGCUCGAGAUUUUAUACGAAGACGUCGAAACGGUAAAUGCUUUUUAAAUGCAAUGCACAGUUUUGACACAGCUUCAAUGGUGGUCAAGGAAGCAGAGUCCUUCCGACUGAGAAGGGUUGCAUCCUGUCCCUGUUCAUCGCCUUUUGAGAACUUCAGAAUAUUACAUGAAGAUUCUUCUCAAACAUCUGUUAGAUGCACAUGCACUAACCAGGGGGGAAGGAGGCUUUGGAUCCUGAUAUAUAGCAUAUUGCUAAAUCACCUAAAUAACGAUUCAGGACCGCUUGUCUUGCAAGCCUAGAAAGAUUGAUGAAUGUGAAAUCUGUCUGGUACAAAGAGGAAUUUUAAAAACUUGUAACUUGAAUAAUUCAAGAUGAUGAGGUACAUCUAUUAUGACAUUUCUGGUUAUGGUUAACCUUUUUCAUUUCAUCCCUUAAACUAGUUUACUGUUCUGAGAGUAAUAUUAAUCCUGCAGUGUUACUUGUUAGAUGAUAUUUGUCGGAAAUUCUAUUAGCAAGGGUCAUUUGUUCCUCUGAAAUUACAUGAAAAUAACGUAGAAAAUCUUUGAAUAUGGUUGACGAUUUAAAUUUCUUGCAAAUGGUUGCGGCACUUGCUCUCUCUGAGUUAGGGUGCAAAAUAAUUGGAGGUUACAUCACUACGGAGUGAAAGCUAGUUCUGUUUCUUGUCAGAACGUUUUUUUUUCUUCUUUUUUUUUUUUUCUGUUAAUUGCAUAUAAAUGAUUAAGAGCGCUUUCU